CUUUGUUCUGACGUUUUCUUCUUCUUCCACAUCCAAUCCCAUUUCUUCCUCGGUUUUCUUUCAACCCUUUCGCACAACAAACAACCGGGAGCUCGAACGGCCACCCAAAUGUGACGGCCGCCCAGAGUCUGACCCUGCCCUGCUUUCCCUGCUUUGCGCACCUUCCAUCGCAUGUCAGGACUGCCGGACAUAAACGACCCAACAGCGAUAGCGGUUUGGAACAGAGCUGCUGCUCGUCUCGUGCGGGAGACCUUGGAGAGAAUCAUGACUUCGUCUGUGUCGACCGCUACUCCCAUGAAGCAUGCUUUCGAGAGGCGUGUUCAGGACGUGAAGUCGCCCAAAAGCGACAUCAACGCCCUGAUCCUCGACUAUUUAACCAUGGAAGGCUAUCCUAAUGCUGCCGCAAAAUUCAGCAAGGAAGCCAACCUGCAACCCCACCAAAUCGACGAGACGAUCAAGGUCCGUCAGCAGAUCCAGAAGUCGAUCCAUACCGGAAGCAUUCAGUCUGCUAUUGAGGCGCUGAAUGACUUUGACUCGGAGAUUUUGGAUCGCGAUCCUACCUUGCAUUUCGCUCUUUUGCGGCUGCAGCUCGUCGAGUUAAUCCGCUCUUGCACGAAGAUGCCCGGUGGUGAUAUCACUCCCGCUUUGACGUUCGCCACGAAUCAUCUUGGCCCUCGAGCGCCGACAGAUUCGCGUUUUCUCAAAGACCUCGAAGAGACGAUGGCGUUGUUGAUUUUCCCUCACAACGACCUCGAACCUCAAUUGGCAGCCAUCUUGCACCCAGACCUGAGACGGGAUGUGGCAGAUGAUGUCAACAAGGCCAUUUUGCAGCGGCAAUCUGAACGCAGGGAAGCUGCGAUUCGACAGUUAGUCAAGAUGCGGGCUUGGGCUGAGUCGACUGCGAGAGCAGAGAAGAAGGCCCUCCCGGACCGCAUUGGAUUGGGCUUAAAUGGAGACGAGAGUGAUGGACACGACCAGAUGCAGCUCUCCUAGGACGACGAUAGUGAGCAUGGCAGUAGCGACAAGGAAAACAUGGGACCGCCGCUCGACGGCCCAUUGCCUGAUGGCUCGGUGCACAUCAGAACCAUCAGAUUGAGCCGAGUGUUGCUACCCACGACUCGCCCGGGUAAUCAUAUUGGAUCACGAAGGCUGAUAGCCACCCACGGGAUUCGAGACUGAAGCGAAUGAGGCAUCCAUUAACAAUCUCGAGCCAACGUGUUGGUGGCAAGUAGGUCACAGUACAGUGAGCCUGUAAUGGGAUCAUGAACUUGAUAACGAGAACUGGAGGAUUUAUAAUUAGCGCAGGGCGUUUCAGAGCAAGGUUUGAUUUAGGAUUGGGAAUACGGGCAACAGUAUGGAUGGGAUUCCACGGGGGAGGCGUUGGUCAUUCGGUCACGACUGAAUGAGAACAUGGUACACAUAAAUCUUAGAAUGAGCAUGCAACAUCGGGACAACAGAAUACCGAUACAUGAAUAGAAGUGCUACCAAGGACUAUU